AUGCAAACGCUAUCGCCUCCAUCACCGUCAACGACCCUCUAUUCCCGCCACCGUCCUUCCCCGUGCCGCCACCGCCGUACGGCCAGGUCGGCCGCCGGCCUCUGCGCCUCGUGCCUCCGGGAGCGCCUCGCCGGCUUCGACACCGCCAGCUGCCGCGGCAACUCCAAUCGUUCGAUCCCUCGCUCUGUAGCCGACAAUCUGCACCGCAGCAUAUCUCACCGGGAGUUCGGUCGCGGCGCCGCCGCGGGCAGCUCGGCCGAACCGCGGCGUAGAUCGUGCGAAGUGGUCGCCGGGACCAGCCUGAUCGGCCUCUUCAAUCUAGACGAUGGACCGAGCGGUCGGCAUGGGAGUUCUGGGUUCGGGGAAGUGAACGAAGAAAUAGAGAUUCGGAUCUGCGAUAGCGAUGUUGAGCAGAACGAGGAGGUCGAUAGUGGAGGAGUCCGCGAUGAAUUCGAAGGAGGAGCUGAGUUAAGGACGGUGAGGGAGUUCAUAGAUCUCGAGUGGGAGAGGAAGAAGCGCAGGGACAAUAAUUUGAGAGGGUUUUGGGGGGUCGCUGCGGUUUUGACCGGCAAAUUGAGGAAAUGGAGAAGGAAGGAGAAGAUAGCGAAUGCAGGUCCAGUAGGACUUGUCAAUGGCAGCAAUGUGGCAAUUGGAGAGGAAGGUGUAGAUAAGGAUAAGGUCAAUCUGGGGGGAUUAGGAGAAUUGAGAACUGAGGUUGGAGAAUGUGGAAUUGGGAGGAGAUCUUUUGAUUCGAAACGGGUUAAUGGUUGUAAGAUUUCUUACGAUGUGCCUAGGGCUUCUCUGGAUGGCCAUAUGAUUGGUAGGAGUUCCAUGUAUCAGCAUCUGAAUCCAGUGGUUUCUGCAGUUAAUGAUGUGCAGUUGGUUGAUGAUCAACAUGAGGAUGGGGUGUCGGUUGAGGAGAAGUCGAGCUGUGUAGAUGAGAAUGGCAAGAGUCCAGGUGGGUGUCUCCAGACUAAGUAUUACUACAAGGAGCCACCGGCAUUGCAAAGGCGAAGGAGGAGCUUCGAAAGAUCGAAUUCACACAAGAGGGCCAAUCCUGAAUUUGAUGUCGAUGAGGUGAAGCUGUUGCCGAGGUUGAAACCGUCGCCCACUGCAACAGAAUUGUUCUAUGGCACAAAAUUGCUGAUCACCGAGCAAGAGUUAAUGGAUUGGAGGCUUAAGUCAGUCAAACAAGAUGAUCUGGCAACGCUUGACUCCGCUUUUCAGAAUGCUGCUCCUUUUGCUGGCAGGCAGGACCAAAAACGGUGCAAGAAAUUGCAGUUGCUGGGUUGGCGGAAGGCCUGGAAUACGUGGAGUUUGAUGCACUCUAGAGGCGAGAGAACGGAUGUCGAUAGAGGGAUCAGUUGCAUUGCUGGAGAGUUGGAUAACAAGUUGGUGGUUACUGAGUCUCGGCAAGAGCAGAAUGAUGUUGCCAAAGAAGAUGAACCAAUUGGUAAUAUUAGCCAGAGGCUUAAGCUGAGAAAUAGUGUUACUGCUAGGAGCAAGAGUGCACAAUCAUAUGGGCAUAACAUCGACAAUGGCCUGCAACCCGUCUAUCUUGCUCCGUUGAGGACUUCUAGAAGUAAAUCAGAAAGGAUGUAG